AUGGUCUGUGACUACAGUCCAGAUUGCUCUUUAAAAGUUCCUUCGGCUGAGCCGUACUGGUUUCUGCCUAACGUGAAGCCUGAUGGACAGUCACUAGGCCGGGCUUCCCAUAAAGUAGUGGUUCAUGGGAAGCUGAUGUGGGUGAUUGGAGGGUUCACCUUUAACUACAACUCCUUUCAGAUGGUUAUAAACUAUAAUCUAGAGAGCAGCACAUGGGAUAUAGUUCCAAUCAAUGGUGGCCCUCUGCAGUGCUAUGGACACACUCUGGCUCUUCACAAGGAUGAUAUCUACAUGUUUGGUGGGAAGCUGGAGUCCGGCUCCGGUAACGUAACAGAUGAACUGUGGCUGUUUGAUACACGUAGCCGGUCUUGGUCCCUCAGAACACCCAGCCCUGGGCUGCAGGUCCAACCCUUCGCUGUGGAGGGACAUACCGCUCACAUAGUGGACACCAGGAAUGGAGAACCCAUCAUGGUGGUGCUUUUUGGCUAUUCACCCAUUUACAGCUACCUCAGCCACAUCCAGGAAUACAACAUUCGCACUUACUCCUGGUCGGUGGCAGAGACGAAUGGGGCGCUAGUGCAAGGAGGAUAUGGCCACAGCAGCGUUUAUGACAGCUCCUCACAUUCCAUAUAUGUCCACGGAGGAUACAAAGCCCUUCCUGCCAACAAAUACAGCCUAGUGGAUCAUUUGUACCGCUAUCAGGUCCACACACACACCUGGUUUAUUCUGAAGGAAAGCGGCCUGGCAAGAUACCUCCACUCCGCUGUGCUGAUCAGUGGAGUUCUGCUGGUGUUCGGGGGAAACACUCAUAAUGACACCUCACUCAGUAAUGGGGCCAAAUGCUUCUCCUCUGACUUCCUGUCCUAUGACAUCGCAUGUGAUGAGUGGACAGUUCUUCCGAAUCCCAAUCUUCAUCGUGAUGUCAACCGUUUUGGACACACAGCAGUUGUCAGCAAUGGCUCAAUGUACGUUUUUGGUGAUUUCUCUGGUGUGAUCCUGAACGAUAUGUUUGUGUAUAAGCCUGCCAACUGUGAGGCCUUCCUCGAGGUGGAUCUUCGUCAGAGCUCUGGUCCUGGUGUUCGCUGUGUCUGGAUUGAGGAACGCUGUGUACCCUGGGACUCCAGCCAUGCUAAUGACAGUGUGCCUGCCUCUUUCUGUCCUGCACGCACCUAUUCAGCUGAUAAGCAGUGUAAGCAGUUUUCAGACUGUGUUUCCUGUACGGCCAACAGCAAUGACUGCCAAUGGUGCGAAGACAAGAAAUGCAUCUCUUCUUCAAGCAACUGCACUGUGCUUACAAUUGAUCUUGCCCGCCACCCUCGAGGUCCCUUGCACCUCAACCCUCCCCCUGCAAUGCUUUCUGAGCAGCAGCUCUCUAUUUGGAGACCUGGUGUGUGCAAAAACGGCCAGUCUGUGAAGAACUUUACCAAAUGCAGUGUUCGAAGUGAGCAGGUUUGCAGCAAACUGGUGAACUGCAGGAGUUGCUUGCUUAACAUCAACUGUCAGUGGGAACCACAACAGCAGGAAUGUCACGCUUUGCAUGCACACUUGUGCGGAGAGGGUUGGAGUCAGGUUGGGGAUGCAUGUCUGAGGCUGAACGCAAGUAAGGAGAGUUAUGAUAAUGCCCAGCACUACUGUAAAAACCUGGACGGCAACAUUUCCUCUCUGACCUCCGCCAGGCAGGUGGACUUCAUACUGGAUGAGCUGCAGAAGUAUCAGCUGCAGGAGAAGAAACUAACUCCCUGGGUGGGUCUAAGGAAGAUAAAUGUUUCAUACUGGGGGUGGGAGGACAUGUCUCCCUUUACUGCCAGCACGCUCCAGUGGUUACCAGGGGAGCCAAGUGACUCAGGGUUUUGUGCAUACCUGGAAAGAGCUGAGGUAGCCGGCCUCAAAGCCAAACCCUGCACUGCCAACACCGAGGGGCUGAUCUGUGAGAAGCCAGUUGUGAGCCCAAACCUUGGCGUGCUUCCAUGUAAAAUUCCCUGCGCCCUGCGAACCAGCUGCGCCAACUGCACCAGCCAGGCCAUGGAGUGCAUGUGGUGUGGCAGCACCAAGCGCUGUGUGGAUUCCAAUGCAUAUGUCAUCUCCUUCCCAUACGGCCAGUGCCUUGAGUGGCAAACUGGAGACUGUGGUGCUCAGAACUGUUCAGGUCAUCGUACAUGUGGUCAGUGCCUGGAACAUCCUGACUGUGGUUGGUGCGGAGACCUUACAGACACAGGUCAGGGUCAGUGUAUUGAGGGAUCAUACCGUGGACCAAUGAGGAGCCUAAGCAGACAGAGCCGAGAGAGGGGAUUGGACACCAGUAUCUCUUCAAGGGAAAAGGGCUAUGACUGGGCCUACAUAACCUGCCCAGCAUGCCAAUGUAACGGGCACAGUACGUGUGUUAAUGGCAGUGUAUGUGAGCAGUGCAAGAAUCUCACAACUGGGCUGCAGUGCCAGAUCUGUCUACCUGGUUACUAUGGAGACCCCACAAAUGGAGGGAAAUGCCAAGCCUGCAGAUGUAACAACCACGCCAACAUGUGCCACUCCAGCUCAGGGAAAUGCUACUGUAGCACUAAAGGGGUCAAAGGGGACCAGUGCCAGCUAUGUGAUUCUGAAAAUCGCUACCUUGGCAACCCACUUAGAGGAACAUGCUACUAUAAUCUUCUGAUAGACUACCAGUUUACCUUUAGUCUGCUUCAGGAGGAUGAUCAGCAUUACACAACCAUUAACUUCAUGGCGACUCCGGAAGAGACCAAUAAGAACCUUGAUAUGUCAAUUAAUGCGUCUAACAAUUUCAACCUCAACAUAACAUGGUCUAUUGGCUCAACAGCGGGUACGAUCUCCGGGGAAGAAUUCCCCAUAGUGUCCAAGACUAACAUCAAAGAAUACAGAGACAGCUUCUCCUCUGAGACAUUCUCCUUCCUUGCAAAUCCCAACAUCACUUUCCAUGUUUAUGUCAGCAACUUUUCAUGGCCAAUCAAAAUACAGAUAUCCUUCUCUCAGCACAGCAGCAUCAUGGAUCUGGUACAGUUCUUUGUCACAUUUUUCAGCUGUUUCCUGUCCCUGCUGCUGGUUGCUGCUGUGGUUUGGAAAGUCAAACAGACGUGCUGGGCAUCACGCAGGAGAGAGCAACUAAUGCGAGAGCACCAGCAGAUGGCCAGCCGUCCGUUUGCGUCUGUUACAGUGGCACUUGAGGCUCCAGAGGAAGAGGAGGAGCUUCUGCAGGGCCAGGUGGAGGCUGGUCCCUUAGCUGUGGAGCCAUGUUCUGGGAAUUGUGCUGCUGUGCAAACAUUGCUGUUGAGUCUUCCACGGUCAUCCUCUGGAGCACCUCCCCCCGGCCAGUGUGGUGGCUAUAACAUCGCUACUGUGAAGAUGCAGUACAAGGAGGUAGCCAGCAGGAGUAGCAGAGAGCUAAGGCCUGAUAGAGACAUCUCCCGAGUGGAAGAGUUCCUGGAGAUGGUGUUGGAGGAACUGGGGUCAUUGAUCUGUGGGUCCUUGGAGAAACAUAACAGGAAAUACUGGAAAAGACCCGCAGGCUCUGAGCACUUUGAUCGUUGUUUUGAGUCUAUGAGCCCUGACACAUUUUCUUCAGCAGAUGAAUCGAGUAGUUUCCUCUCAUGUGCAUUUCUCUCAAUGAGUCAAGUUCUCUGAAUCCACUCUACACUCCACCAGCUGAUGUCUGGAGACCUUCAUAUCCACAUGGUUUUAUGUUUCAAAGAAAGAAAAAAAUGUUCUGCAAUAUCGCUACUGUUUGCUUUUUUUGUGAUUUUUAUGAUGAAAUGCAUACCAGCUUAAAAUAAGCACGCUUUUCUGAUGUAAAUAACAUUUGCAUUAGUUUUUUUUCCCUUAACACACAUUUAUAGUUUUGCUAUAAAUAUGACACCAUACAGUGGGGUCCAACAUUCUUAAACGACUAGUAAAAUCCCUUU